ACUAUAAUGGUUUUGUAUUUCAUGAUAGGAUUUAUAAUGGCUACAAGGAGUAGCAGGAGGAAACCACCAUUACAGGAUGCGCAAGAGCAUGCAGUGAAGGCACUGGACAAGACGGAAGAAUUGGAAGUACAAUUCAUGAACUCGUUGAAAGGUCGAGGGGUGUUUGCCAAAGCCUUUUUCCGAAAAGGAGACUUUGUGGUGGAGUACAGAGGAGAGUUAAUUAAUUCUGAAGAAUCGAAAAGGAGAAGGAUGACCUAUCACAAAGCAAGUGCUGUCUUCAUGUUUGACUUCUGUUGGAAAGAAGAUCUAUGGUGUAUUGAUGCAUCCGUGUAUGAUGGCAGCCUUGGACGACUUGUCAAUGCUGACGACAGGCAUCCAAAUUGCCAAAUGAAGAGGGUCAUAGCAAAGGACAAACCACACCUCUGUUUAUUUGCUUUGAGGGACAUUCAGCCAGGAGAAGAAAUAACAUUUGACCUCGGAGAAAAGGCUGGACCACAGUCGAAACAGGACUUGGAUGAGCCAGAAGUUCUUUCAUCAGACAAAGUUGGACUCAUCCCUCCGCCUCAUCUUGUAGAGUUGUCAGAUUCGAAUGAAUCUCAGAAUCCAUGUACCAGUUCUUCCCAGCUAAAUGGCAACAGCCAGAAGACAAAAGAGCAGAUGGAAUUGGAUUCCGAUAAACUCCUUGAUCCCAGCUUGGACGGCAGUAGUAAAGAAUACAUUACUAAGCGUGAGGAUGUGCAUAUGUACAGCGACCAGGAUCGUGACCCUGAGGAACCAGGUGAUGCUGAGCCAGCCUAUGAGUCAGACACACUGGACAUCCAGCAGCUGAUUAGUGAUGAGGAAGAACUUCACCCUCUGCAUGGGGGGUGCUCCAGUUUGGAGCAUGAGGAUCCACUGCCCCCGCGCAUUAAAGAAGAACAGAAGCAUCCACAGCUUCCCCACAUAAAAGAAGAGGAGGAUCCACAGUUACCCCACGUUAAAAAGGAACAGGAGGAUCCACAGUUGUCUUACGUUAAAGUAGAAGAGGAGGAUCCACAGCCCCCACACGUUGAGGAGGAAGAGAUUGAUCCAAAGCUCCCCAACAUUAAGGAGGAACAGAAGCAUCCACAGCCUGCCCACAUUCAUGAGGAAGAGGAGGAUCCAAAACUCCCCCAUGUUAAAGAGGAAGAGGAGGAGCUUGGUGUCAGUAAGUUGCCACUGACUGGUGGCUCUGUGAAGUGUAAACAAGAGAAACCACUUGAGGGGUCAGAGCUUCAUCAUCACAGUCCGAGUAAAGACCACUGUGGCGGACCACCACCAGACAACCUCAUGGCUCCACUGUCAGACAGUGACAAAGUAUCUUUGACGAGGGACAAAGAUUGUAAAGGUAUGACAACCAACACUUGGAAAACUCAGAAAAGGAGAUGA